CAUUGCUCAGUUGUCUUUGUCUUGUCUUGUCUGUUUGUUUGUUUUUAUUUCCUCUGCCACGUCGUCUCUUCUAUCUCACAAACUAGUUUCUUUUCUCUUCUUCUCCAGGGACGUCCUCACCUCUGGAUUGUCAAAUGUCAAUGAACCGAAAUAAAGAUAAAGUUGUCCCAACAAUUAAAGAUGAUAGUCCAUUUGGGUAUCUACAAGAAGAUCUCUUGAUAGAGAUAUUCAUCAGAGUUCCAAUAUUAGACUGGGAACAAAUAUCCUCCGUUAGAAAGCAGUGGGCUCAUUUGUUCCGUGGAGAAUGCUUAUGGCAGGCCGCUUUGAACCGGUCGUAUCCUCUUGCUAGCAAAACUCAGAGAUGGACUGGACCAAUCAGUCAAGGGUCAAGCAAACGGAGAUUUGUGGCUCUAUACAUCAGCAGAAACAUAUUAGGCGUGGAUACAGACAUAGAUGAAAUGCUGGGACAUAUUUACUUAUUCUUGAAAGAUCGGCUUCAACUUUCAACUACGCCUGCUUCUGGCAUUCUGCACGGAACCAUGAUCGACCAAUUGAUUGUUUGUGGCAAAUCCAAAGAAGAAGCUGAUGAGCUCGUUACAAAGAUUUGGCUGGCUCUUCUCGACAAUUUAGAGGACACAAAACAUACCUUUCUUGUUCUGAAGUCCAUUGCACAAGAAUAUGAUGGGUUUCUUCCAUAUCCAUAUUCAAGACCGAUCAAAGUGCAGUGGAAAGUGUUUGAGAAACUGUUUGUGGACUUCCGCGACUUGUUGUUUGAUCAUUCAGAGUACUGCGACUUAAUAGGAAUCGCCAAGAAGAAGUUUCAGACAUUACCACAUCUUUGCAAACCCACUUCUUCAAAUAUGGUUCUCAUAAAAGUGAUAACGUUUCUUGCUCUCUUCGUCUCUCUACUACCACCGUCGUCCUUGGCCUUGCCCCAGGCCAAAGAUGGUGGUGGACACGUCUCGUUACUCGUCUCUCAAACGGGUCUUGACUUCGCUAAAGACUUCCUCGUCCACAAGGUGAUAUCCACGACCCUUCCGCUUCAGCUACCUGAGAUAGAGAAGAAGGUUAAGAUUCCUUUGGUUGGGAAAGUAAGGAUGGGUCUGACGAACAUAAAGAUAUACGCGGUUGAUGUUCGGUCGUCGAGGGUCGAGACCGGAGGAGAUGGAAUGGUUUUGAGUGUUUCAGGGGCGACGGCAGAUGUGAGCAUGGACUGGUCUUAUGCUUACAAAGCUUCCUUCUUUCAUAUCUCUGAUCAUGGUGUUGCUUCUGUUAAGGUUAAAGGAAUGGAUUUGAGAAGCAGUGUCAGUUUGGUUGGUGAAAAUGGAAGUCUAAAGAUUGCUUCAAGGGAUAGUGAUUGUAAAGUGAAGAGCAUUGGUAUUCAUAUCAAUGGUGGUGCUUCUUGGCUAUAUCAAGGGGUGGUUGAUGCAUUUGAGAAGAAGAUUAUUUCAACUAUUGAAGAGACUGUUUCUACUAAGAUUCUGGAGAAGAUGAAGAAGCUUGAUGCUAAGUUGCAGUCACUUCCAAAAGAGAGGAAGAUUGAUGACAAUGUUGCUGUGAACCUCACUUUUACAGGAAGCCCUGUCUUGGAUGAUUCUUCUGUUGAAUUUGGAAUCAAUGGUUUGUUGUUCAUGCCAAAUGGUGAUGGUGGUAAAGCUUCAGGAUCUCGGUCUUCUUCUUCUUCUUCCUCUUUUCCCAAGGUUAAAAGAAUGAUGGGAAUUGCAAUUAAAGAAGAAGUUUUCAACUCUGCAACACUUGUCUACUUCAUUGCAAGGAAGAUGCAUGUGGAUAUCGAGCAAACGAAGAACGGGUCGGCUCUAAGCACAUCUGACUGGAAACUCAUACUUCCAGAGCUCUACAAACAAUAUCCAAAUGUUAAAAUGAUGCUUAACAUGUCGGUUACAUCUCCUCCCGCUGUCAACAUCAGAGAGACUGGCAUUGAUGGAAUCAUUGAUUUAGAGAUAUCAAUCGAUGUCCAAAACUCUGGGGUAGUCCUAUCCGUGGCACGCAUGUCAACGGUUCUUGAAGUUGCGGGUACUGCAGAGAUAGCAGAGAACAAUUUAGCAGGUAGCCUCAGAAUAAAAGGUUUCAAUGCAACAAUGACUUGGAGUAAACUUGGAGAUCUUCAAGCAAACUAUAUUCAGGAUGUAGCGUCGACGAUUCUUGAAUCCUUGUUUUUGCCGUACGUAAACGCACGUCUGAAAAGAGGUUUCCCUUUGCCGUUUACGCACGGUUUCAAGAUCAAAAACACAGAGAUAGUCUAUGUUGAAAAUGGCAUUAUGGUCGGCAGUGAUGUAGCCUUUGGUUAGAUUAAUGAACGGUCUCUCAAGGUGAUUGAUACCUAAAAAGCUGGUGCUAUUUCUGUAUAAAGCUGCGUUGUAAAUCUGUAAGUAAGACUUAAAAGCAUCAGCAUGUAUAUAUCUCUCAGGUACUAGUUUGAAUUACCUAAUACAUGUUAGAACAACAUUUAUACUGUUUAUACAGCUUGUAGAUAAUUUACGUAGUUUAUACUGUUUGUGUAUAAUAUAAAUACAAGUUACGCGUUAAAAAAACAUUUACAUU